UCUCUAGAGGCCAGUCUUUUCUCAGAGUCAUCUCUGAUCAUCAACUGUCUGGUACUAAUACAGCCUGCUAGAAGAAUCUACUCAGGAGAAAUGGAAAACCUACUGAGGCUGUGUCUCUUUCUUCUCUGCUUUGAAACAGCAUUCCCUCUACAGUGUGUGCAGUGUCAGUCUUACAAAAAUGGGAAAUGUGCCACAAAUAAGGAGACAUGCACUACAAAACCUGGUGAAGUGUGUAUGAUCCGCAGAACCUGGUAUUCAGGUGAAAUUGAUAAUCUGCAAGAUGCUGAGACUAAGUGCACGAAUUCUUGUAAAUUUAAAGAAAAAACUUCUGGAUAUCUAACAACACAUACAUACUGCUGUAGUCAUGAAGAUUUCUGCAAUGACAUUAAUUUACCAAUCGCGAUGACUUAGCAUAAGCUAGUUCCAGUUGACCUGAUCAGCCCUUUCCUUUUCAUCCUCCAUUUUCUUUCAUUGAGUUUUAUUUUUAAUCUGGACUAUAGUUUUUUCUGAUAAUCAGUAUUGUACAAGUCACAGAACCUGGGGACAUACAGAAAUUUCUUGUUCUUCUGAAUGUAUGUUUGAUCAUAUAGUCUAAUUCGUGUGCUUGGUAUCCCUAGCCUUAUUACCAUGAGUAUAGCUGAAUCUUGGUUUCCAUUAAUGCAUUUAUCACUUCAGUGUGGGUGGCUAAAAUAAAUGAAUGGAUUAAAAAAUGUAAACUGUCA